AUGGAAGUGCUCACACUGCUGCUUUUGUUCCUCACAGUUUCUGGAUAUUCCCAUGUUUUGCAAGCCGGACUGACUGUCACCCAGAUAGCUGGGCUGGGCAGAGACCACCAGUCUGACAUGAGGAGCGAGAAGCUGAGAGUUGUUUCCAUAUCAGUGGAGGAGAAAGAAAAUGCUGCAGAAUCCACUGAGGGAAAGAAAACAGAGGAGGAACAGAGGAGGGAAGGAAUGACUCAAACAAAAACAGAGGUCUCCUCUCACCCUCCCACGCCUCAAGAAAAAGUCAGUCCUCACUUCUCUACGUCUGUCACUCUUCCCAAUCCCACAAUCAAUCCCAUCUCAGUCUCAACAGGGCUUCCUAGCGAGGACAGAGUGGUCCAGUGCUCAGACAAAGGCGUGGACAAGGUUCCUUAUGGUAUUCCCUAUAACGCCCGCUACAUCCUCCUCAUGAAUAACCACAUCAACAACAUCCAGCUCGACCUGCUCAAUGAAUAUGUCUCUAUGGAGUUCCUUGUUUUGAGCAACAAUCGGCUCACAAAUGGCGCCACAGAAGGAGCCUUUGAGGGGGUCCUGGCUCUGAAGCGCCUCUACCUGGAUAGGAACCUCCUAGACAGCGUGCCAACUGAUCUUCCUGGGUCUCUCGAAGAACUUUGUUUGGACAAUAACCGUCUAAGUGCAAUGUCUGAGGCAGCCUGGGCCCAAUGCCCCCGCCUCUUGGUUUUGAGCCUUAGAAACAACAGCCUAGGGAAUGGAUCGGAAUCUCUGCCUAAUGCAGUACUCUCUCCUCUGCGCAACCUUCGCACUCUAAACCUGGAUCACAACCAGUUAACAUCAGUACCUCUGGGCUUACCACUGUCCAUCAAGGAGCUCUACCUCAAAGGGAACCUCAUUGAGCAUUUCCAUGGAGAAGCCCUCAAUGGGGUAUCAGAGUUGUUGCGGUUAGAUCUGAGCGCAAACAGACUGACAAACAAGGGCCUUCUCAGGGAGUCCCUUCGCAAUGCAACUCACUUGGAAAGCCUUAACUUAGAGGGGAACAGACUAACACAAGUUCCACGACACCUCCCCUUGUCACUUAAAACUCUAAAUCUGGAAGGCAACCUCAUAACUUCCAUAAAGAAAGUGGAUUUCGGUAUCUUGAAAAACCUGGAACACUUGGGUUUAGCAAGGAAUAAAAUCUUCAAAGUGGCACCGGGGGCCUUCAGGACGUUACCCCUCCUGCACCAGUUAGACCUGUGCCACAACACCUUGCACCAGGUGCCCAGACUGUUGCCGGAUGCUCUGCAUUCAGUAGCACUCAACAACAACAAGAUUCAAUCAGUGCCUCGUGAUUCUUUCUGCUGGGGUAAUAAAAGUGUGAGUCUCAGCAGGCUUGUACGAGUGCAUUUGGAACACAAUUUAAUUGAUAUGGGAAAGUUGGAUGCACAGGCUUUCAGGUGCUUACGGGGAUUCCAGGUGGUGCACUUCUAUUGAACCUUCAUAAGAUACAUAAAUGUCAAGGCUGUCCACCCAAAAAUUCCUCCUUGAGUCAUUUGUUCAAGCAGGAAUUAUGACUCAUGUUUAUUGCAUGUAGUGGCAUACCUUCAAGUGGCCAUAUUAAAUAUUAUGGGAGCAAAGCAGGAUAGAAGGUGACGAGGUGUAAGAGUGCCAAAUUCCACUUAAGGAGGCGGUGGGUCAAAGAAACACAGGACUCCCGGUCUGUGUCACAUGCGUAACUGGAAGUGGAGUAAGGUAACUGAUUUUAACCCAAACCUCAGUAUUUUAGUUACCUAAACCUUACCAAGUAGUUAAUUUGUAAAUUAUGUUGUCUGGGCCACAUUCAGCUCCAACAAAACAUGUUUUUUUUUUUUUUAUUGAAACGGGGGUGCAUUGAAGACAAUGUUGUGUGUGCAAGCGCUUUGCCUUUUUAUUACGAGUUUACAUACACAUCUCUGCUGAUUGGGUAUCACCUGUGACAAAGCCCAAAAACUAGAGACACACCCACCAAAGGAGAGAAAAUGUUAAUCAUUAAU